AUGUCUAAUGAACCCAGAAAUUCGUCAUCAAGCAUGGACCCACAGAUAAAAGAAUACAUAGACAGUGCAUGCCAAGCAACAGUAUCUACACUAAUAGAAAAGGUAAAGGAACUAAUAAGUCAACAAGCCGAAAACCAAAGGCAAUGGAAUGAACGAAUUCAAAAUACUAUGAACGAGCGGUUCAAUAAACUAGAGCAAGUUGGCUUGAUGAAUGACAGAUCAGAACCGAACAGUAAUCAUGCAGCUGAAGAAGAAAACAACAACCACACAACACUGAUAACAAUAUGUUCACCACUGGAAGCAAGGGACGAUAUCCUACAAGGUAAUUACCCACCUACUCCUUUGCUUAACAAUAUGAUAAUCAACACAGGAUCGCCAGUCGCAACAGUACACAUAAACAAUGAAUCUCUAGUGACAAAAACAAAAUAUGGAAAUAUUUGUCAAUAA